GAUGGCUUCACUCAGGCAGGAGCACCACUAUGGGCUCUCCUGUGGAAAAAAUAACAAAAGCAGCCCCAACACAACGCUGUACCAUGUCAAGCUCACGGACACGGCUCUCAGAGCGCUGGAAGCUUACCAGAAUCUCAAGGGGGCUUUACAAAGUAAACCAUCAAUCUGUUUUAAAGGAAACCAAGGGUACAUUAAGAUCCCAGCUCCCACCUCAGAGUCGGCUUCUGCUCUUCGUGUUUUCUCCUUCUACCUAUCCAGUGACAGCAAAGACCAACCACAAGCCAGUUUUGACUGUAUCCAUCAGUAUGUUGCAAGUGACGGCUGUGAGCAGCUUGAAGGUCAAGGCAACAUCCAGGACAAGAUCACUGUGUGCGCCACUGACGACUCCUACCAAAUGACCCGCGAGAGGAUGUCUCAGGUGGAGAAGGAUAGCUGGAGCCGCUCCGCCAUUGAGAUCAAACCUGGAGACACACAUCCAAGCAAAUGCAUUAAGUACCAGAAGAGACCAGCUCCUUUGCCUGUCCCAGACACCAGCUUAUACAAGCAAUCCUCGAGCAACUGGAGGAACGGCAGUAUGCCCACCAUAACCCAGAAGCCCCUGAAGGACCGUGUCAUUCACCUGCUGGCCCUUAAACCAUACAAAAAACCAGAGCUGCUGCUGUGGCUGGAACGAGAAAGAGUUGGACCAAAGGAGAAGGCCGAGCUGGGUGCCAUACUUGAAGAGGUGGCCAGACUGAAUCCCAAAGACAGCAGCUACUUGCUGAGGGAUGAUUUCUUUAAGCAUGUGCAGAGAGACUGGCCAUGCUACAGCGAGGAGGAAAAGCAGCUGGCCAGCAGGCUGCUAGCCAGAAAAUUGCAACCACCUAUCAGCAACCAAUCAAGAAAUCUUCAAGCAAACUUACUGAUACAGAAGACCUCAGAGGAUCACAGCAUAGCAAAAAAUCCAGCUGUGAAACGCCCCAUGCCUUCUGACUCACAAGAAAGUCUGGCAGUUAAGAGACAAAAACCCACAGAUCAGAGGUUACAACAGCAAUCUUCUGUAAAUGGACUCUUCAUCAACAAAGAAGCACACGAUAAUGCAACUCUGACCCUUAACCCCAGUUUUCACUCAAAGACUGAGUCUCAAAGGACAAGUAGUCAUACUGAAAACCAAAACGGCCUACACGGAGGCCACCACAGCUUCUCUCUGAUGCACAAACUGUACAGCCACCUUGAGGGACCUGUUUCAGAGACCAGGGAGCGAGAACCCAAAAUAACUGGCCUCCAGCCACCCCAGCACGACUCCCCUCAGCAGCAGCUCACCAACAGCCAGCACAGAAAGAAGAAGUCUAAAAAGCACAAAGACAAAGAUCGGGAGAGGUUAAAAGAUGACAAGGGCGCUGAGUGGUUAAAGUUUAGCCCUGAUCUCAAGCAGAAUCCAGACAAACUUGACAAUCCUGACAUCACAAAUGCUGUGGUCUCUGAGGAGAAGCCAGAUUAUGUGCUUACAUACAGUCCCGUAAUGAGCUUGGAGCAAUGUCAGAGGUACCAAGAGGAUUUCUGUGCAGAGUAUGAUGAGUAUAAAGACCUCCACUCUCGGAUCGCUACCAUAACUCACAUGUUUGUUCAACUCGGCUCUAAGAUCAAGAGCCUGUCUCCUGGCACACAAGAAUAUAAGAUAAUGGAAGACCAAAUACUAGAAAAGUACAACAAGUAUCGAAAGAAGUUUCCAGGCUACAGGGAAGAGAAGAAACGCUGCGAGUAUCUUCAUGAGAAACUGUCCUACAUCAAACAGCUCAUCAUAGACUAUGAUCUCUCUAAAGCUUCCUCAUAGCGUUGUCAGGCCACAGAUGAUGCUGUGAUCUUUAAUGAUAUGAGACAAAAAGUAAAAAAGUUGGAGGAAACCAUUUUUAAGAAAAUUUGUCAAAAGUGGCAAUGACUUUAAUUUAUUCUCUUUGUUUUUGACACUUUUUAAAAAUCCAAAAUUCCCUCAGGCUCUUCCUCAUUUUCUACUUUUUAUGAAUUCAAUAAGAAGUGUAAAAGUGUUUUAUAUGAAAGUAGAAUCCUUUCUAACAAAUUAUUUAACCUCUACCCUCUGCAAAAAACUAAAAUACUCUUAGUGACCUAUCUUAUUAUGCCAAGAGAGUGAGAUAAAUCCAUUAAAGUGUGCAGUGUCCUUUUUUUUUUUAUAUGAAAAUGGACUCUUUUUAUUCACCUGGUUUUAUGUUGUUAGUUUGCUACAUAAGCAGAGCACAGUAUCCUUGCAUAUCACACUAAUUUCAGAACCAUUUUAAUAGCAGUGUAAUUUAAUGAGAAAAGUUGGAAAUUAAUUGGAUAAUGAUGUUAAGAGCUGCAUGUUCACAUAGAACCUGCUGAAAUUAGUUGACAUAUAUGCCACCUCCCAAAUGCACUUCCGUUGUUAGAAUAGAUAAUAAGUAUUUAUUAACCACGCUCCUUGGCUUUUGAACAGCUGGCAAUAAACCAAAACAAUUAGACAUUAUCGCUGACAUGCCUGAUUUUGAAGUAUUUUAACCCAGUGGGAUAUA